GGUGGAGAUGGAGGAAGCCGCGGGGCGGAGUGAGCAGCGGCGCCCGGACCCGGGACAGUAUCUCUCCGACACGGACCGCGACAUCAUCCGACAAACCUGGAGCCGCGUCUUCAGCUGCUGUGAGGAUGUGGGAGUCCGAGUCCUCAUCAGAUUUUUCAGCAAGUUCCCCUCAGCCAAACAAUACUUCAGCCAGUUUCGGCAUCUGCAGGAGCCACAAGAAAUGCAGCACAGCAGCCAGCUCCGGCAGCAUGCUCGCAGGGUCAUGGGCGCCAUUAACAGUGUGGUGGAGAAGCUGGGCGAUCCCGAGCAGGUACGCUCUGUCCUGGCGUUGGUGGGCCGAGCCCACGCCAUCAAGCACAAAGUGGAUCCUAUGUAUUUCCAGUUAUUAAGCGGCGUUAUUCUGGAGGUCUUUGUGGAAGAUUACGCGGAAUACUUCACCACUGAAGCUCAGAGCGCUUGGAGUCAGUUAAUGGCUCUGAUUUGCGUGCAGGUGUUAGCGGCUUACACAGAGCUGGGCUGGGCACAGAACUCGUCUGUCUGAGCUGAAGGAUGUGAUCCUCAGAUCCACCAAAGAAGACAUUAGGCAGCACUCCAUAACACUUUCGGGAAAGGAGACCUGGGACACAAAUCUGUGGACGCGCAUAAAUGUCACCAGAGAUGCUCUGAGCCGAAACUGUGAUCGUGUGAUGGAAUCAGAGACACAAAUGUGACUGAUUUGUUAUUUGUUUCUACGAAUCAGUAUUUAUUCUAUAGUAUAUUACAGUGUUUGCUAAAAUAUACCACUACAUGAUGUCAGUAUUGAAUACUGAACUAUAAUCAUUAUAAUUUAACACAUUUAUAAGUUAUUAAAUCCUAUUUUCAUCCGAUGCUCCUCUCUGCCAAUCACAUCCCAACCUGGGCAGAGGUGCGGAGUGAAAUGGUGCAUUCCAGUUAGAAUGAGUCUCUUGACAUUCAGUGUGUUUGUUUGUGUGUGCGAGACAUUCAGUGAGUGAAUGAGCCUCACAAUAGCUGUGAUCAAUUCCCCCCCACUUGGUGCUUGAUGUUUCUAAUGUGAGUAAACCUCAUAUGUUUUUUAUAAAACAGAACAUUUAAUGCUCUUGAUUGAACUUCAAGGCGACAAAUCCCUUUUAAUAAUAUUUCUGUAAAACUGUUAAAUCAAACUAAAAUACUCCCAGCCUUGCUGGUGUUUUGAUUUGUUCCAGUUUCUAAUUGUGUUUUUUGCUCAUGGUAAAGGCCCAGAGAUGCCAACCUACAGGACCUCAAUAAAUUUUUCCAACAUGU